AUGGAAAUUCCAAGGAUUGAAUUUGAUGGUGAAGAUGCACAUAUCGAUCUUGAUGAUCAGGGACAAUGCAUGCAAUUCAUACGAGACAAGGUGAUACCAGGUUGUGUUGAUGAUUGUCAGGCAUUGGAAGGUGAAAUCAUUAUGUUCCGUAAGAUCACAAAAAAUGAUAGUAUUCAACAAACACUGGAGAAACUCGAGGCUGGUAAAACGCGGUUCGUUUGUGUGUAUGCUUAUGGUCCGCACAUCCAUAAACUACUUAGCGUUGUUGAGAUAUUCAAGAAGAUUCCAUCAAGGAAAAGUGAAUCGAAAGUCACUCUAAAACAAUGGAAUAAACUCAGUAGUUUUGUAUCUGUGCAGCAAGGUCAAAACGAACUGCUAGAAAAACGUACAAGAGUGCCAAUUCUCAUUACAGUGAUUGCGAAACCAUCAGAUCAAGAGCCCCUGGAAUUGCCGUUGAAAGCCUUUACCAAGCAAUGA